UUUCUUUAUCAGAUAAGAACAACAAAAGAAUUAACUGAACAAUCAUAUCUGACCAACAAAGCAUGCCAAUUAACCCAACUAUACUGGAAUGGCUCCCCAUUGCAAUGAAGAGCCAACUUCUUCUCCAAGUUACACUAUAUAUAAACUUUACCAAACCAACAAGCUUCAACAUCAAAGGUUCCCCUCAAUCACUUCCAUAACCUUUCACAAAACUCUUAACUACUAGAGAAUCAUGAGCACCCUGGAGGCAACAGCAUUCACUGAAGAGCAAGAAGCUCUUGUGGUCAAGUCAUGGAAUGCUAUGAAGAAGAAUUCUGCUGAACUUGGUUUCAAGUUUUUCCUUAAGAUAUUUGAGAUUUCUCCAUCAGCUCAGAAACUGUUUUCAUUCUUGAAAGACUCAAAAGUUCCUUUGGAGCAGAAUCCCAAGCUCAAGACACAUGCCGUGACUGUAUUUGUUAUGACAUGUGAAUCAGCAGUUCAACUUCGAAAGGCUGGAAAAGUGACCGUGAGAGAAUCAAACUUGAAAAAAAUGGGUGCUACCCAUUUGAGAGUUGGUGUUGUAGAUGCACAUUUUGAGGUGACAAAGUUUGCACUGUUGGAAACAAUAAAAGAAGCAGUGCCUGAAAUGUGGUCACCAGCCAUGAAGGAAGCAUGGAGUGAAGCUUAUGAUCAGCUUGUUGGUGCCAUCAAAUCUGAGAUGAAACCUUCUGCUUAAUUAAUUAAUCAAUUCCCUUAGCUUUAAUUGAAUAAAAAUGAGAUCAUAGUGCCCUCUUUGUACAUUAAAGCAUUGACUGCUUUGGUGCGUUAAAUUGUACUUUAUAUUGUUGCGGGUUGAUACUUACGAAUUUAAUAAAUAAUAUUAUUUGAAUGAACAAGAAUAAAUAAUUUA